AUGCCAUAUCCUAAUUUUGCCUGGCAUAACAAUGGCAGUAAUUGCGAUAGCAUCACUUCAGUUUAUCAUGUGACGAUGUCCGAGUGCAAUCAGCUUUGGGUAAUGGAUUCGGGUAUUGUUGCUGGUCAGCAGAUUUGUCCACCUCAACUGCUUCAAUUUGAUUUGAACAACGAUCGCUUGCUGCAUCGCUUCCGUCUGCCAAAUAAUACAUAUAUACCACAUGCCUCGCUGCUCAUCGCUCCUAAUUUAUUGGUGCAGGACCCGCCACCACGUGGCAAAUGCAGGCGCACUAUGGUUUACGUGCCUGAUUGUAGAUAUCAUGGCUUGAUUAUGUACGAUCAGCAAGCAAAUGCUGCCUGGCGGGCCGAGCAUCGUUUUAUGUAUCCCGAUCCGGAUCACGGUUAUUACACCAUUGCGGGCGACAGCUUUACUUUGAUGGACGGCAUAUUUUCGGUGAAGAAUGACAAACAGAAUCUUUACUUUAAUCCGAUGGCCAGUCUAAGCGAAUAUACCGUUCCUUUGAGCGUGGUGAAUCGUCGCGAGAACUGGGCCAAUGGCGUGCUUGCUAAUGCAGAUCAGUUCACGCUGGUGGGCAAUCGCAAUAGCGCAUGUGCUGCCUCUGCCAUGGACAGUCGCAAUAAUGUAUAUUGCGUAAACUUUAAUCCUAUCCAGCUGUUUGUUUGGAACACCAAGACGCCGUAUAAAAAACGCUGCUUUAUAAAUCUGCCUGGCCCCUCCAGUUGGCUGGAGUUUGUCAGCGGCAUGAAGGUGGUAAAGAAUGCAAUGGGCGAAGAAGAGCUCUGGCUGAUUUCCAUUCGUUAUCAGAAAACUAUCAAUAACAAACUAAAUUUCAACGAGAAUAACUAUCGCAUAGUGCGUCGUUCUCUAGACGACAUAAGACAGGGCAAAUGUGCCAUGCAUGGAUGA